AUGACUGAUUCAUUAUUAAAUUUACCUAAUCUACCAUGGGUAAUACAAUCAGAGAUUAUUUAUGUACUAUGUAAUUAUAAAAAGAAUCAAGAUCAUAAACAAAUCAAACCAAGUGAUUUGUUUGAUGUGGCUGGUGUAUCGAGAGCUUGGAGACAAGCAACUAAAGCAUCGUCUAGUAUAUGUUGGUACGUCAACAUGGAUAUUUACUAUCUCCAAGACUACCGACUACACUCUGAGAACCCUCUCAGUCUAUUGUCGGGACUCAGUCAUACAGUGAAUGUAUCCAUCUUUUACCCAACAAGUGGUCGCACCAAGAGAAACAAAGAAUAUGCAGAUACUCAUCUCGAAUGGUUUAAAGAACAUAUCGUCAAUAGAAUUUCUCUUCUAUCUAUUGAUAAAGAAGAGACAUCAGAGUGGUUAGAUAUCUUUAAUUCAAGUCAAACGAUCACACAGUCUCUCAAAGAAAUGUCUAAAUUUAAUGAUAUCUAUUCGGUGCCACUCGAAUUGUAUCAUGGUUUGACAAAGGUGUAUCUAGAUUUCGCAAUGACUCCAUGUAAAGAGAUAUGUCGUGUAUUAAAGAGUUGUCAUAAUCUCUUGUCUCUUACUAUCGAUGUUACUGAAUGUCAAGAUCUCAAAGAUGCAGACAUGGUCAAGUUGUUUUCAAGUAUACCUCGCAAUAUUACCAAACUACGAUGGGGUAGUCAACAAUACAAACCACCGUAUAUCUCUCAUGUUCAACCUCUCCCAUUCCACCUAUUACCAAAGUCUAUUCAACACCUCUAUAUUUGGGAUCCUAGUCAAUGUACCAGAGAAUACAUUGAACAUGUACAAGCCAACUCUACAACAAUAUCAUCAAUCUCCCAAAGAGGUAUCUCUACCCAACAAUCGAUUGACUUUUUAUCAUCACCAUCGUCUACCAUCAAACGACUACACCUUUCACUCCAAGAACAAACACCAUUCUCAAUCACAGGAAAACCAUUGGUUCCAGCAUCACUAGAGAUUCUAAAACUCGAAGUUAAAAGAUACAUUGAUUUAUCGGAUCAAAUAGAUUGUAUUUUCAAGUCAAGCGGUCCAUUACCAAACCUCCAUACUAUUAUUGCCGAUCCACUCGAAUCCAGUCAAUCACUUCGAGUAAUUGAUUUUUAUGCAGUUUCCUUUACAACAUCUUUUGAUCAAGGUAUCGACUCUUUAUUGACAGCAAUUACCAAUAGUUCAUCGGUGGAAAGACUAUACUUUAGAAGGUCUCUGACCAACCCUAACUAUAUCGUUGACCUCAUCAAAAACUACAUACCAUCCAUCAAAUACAUGUCAUUGGCUUCAACCGUCCUUCAACAAAAUAAUGAUAUGAUUAUUUUCAAUUUAAAAAAUUGUCUUGAAAUUGAUCUCUCAUCAUAUAAUUUAAAAGGAAAGUUAAUUAAAGAAAUAUAA